GACAAGAUGCGGAGGAUGGAAAUUUUACCUUCCUUGCUUUUGUGUAUAUGGCGCGAACUUCAUUUUCCAGCUUCUCUGUUCUCUGACCACUUUAUCUGCCUUUUCAAAAGCGCUUUCUUUCUCUAUUCUCCGCAUCCAUCCAUUUCAACCCAAUCCAUGCUUCUCACUCCUAACACGCACUUUUAGGCCAAUCCCCUUCGCCUCUUCUCUCGCCCUCUGGACUUCUUCUAUCUUCCAUGGAGUCCUCUGUAACCAUCUCCGUGAGAGCCUCUUCCUACUAUUCUUCUCAUUUCUCUGUCUCCCCAAGCACUACGCCUAAGCGCAGGCUCUAUUCUCACAAAACCCAUUAUUCUUCAUUUUCCUUUAGGUCCCUUAAUUCCAUCCACUCUGAUUCCAAAUCUAUUUCUUCUAUUAACCCUAAAUUUUCUCGCUUUUCCUGCUCUGCUGUUGCUUUCUCUCCGUCACCCACCACUGAGCUCGUGGGUGGUAAGCUGCAGCACCUGAUAAACGAAUUCCAAUCCCUGCCGGGAUCAAUCGACCGCGUGAAACGGGUCCUUCAUUAUGCCUCUAUUCUCCCCCCUUUUCCAGACUCCUCCCGGAUAGACUCCAACAGGGUCAUGGGCUGUACGGCCCAAGUCUGGCUCGAUGCCCAGUUAGAUCACUAUGGAAAGAUGAGAUUUUUAACCGACAGCGAUUCGGAGAUUACGCGAGGGUUCUGUGCUUGUUUGUUAUCUGUACUGGAAGGGGCGGCACCUGAAGAGGUGUUGAGCGUGAAGACAGAGGAUUUGGCGGCGCUGAAAGUGGGGUUGCCUGGCGGCGAGAGGUCGAGAGUAAAUACUUGGCAUAAUGUGCUGGUGAGUAUGCAGAAGAGGACGAAGAAAUUGGUAGCGGAAAGGGAAGGGAAGAAGCCUUUCGAUCCAUUUCCUUCAUUGGUUAUCACUUCAGAAGGAAUUCAGGCCAAGGGAAGCUACGCUGAAGCACAGGCAAGAUAUUUACUACCGGACGAGUCCAAGGUUCAAGAACUUGUCAACUUGCUAAAGGAGAAGAAAAUUGGUGUUGUUGCUCAUUUUUACAUGGACCCUGAAGUUCAAGGCGUCUUAACUGCUGCACAGAAGCACUGGCCUCACAUCCAUAUAUCUGAUUCAUUAGUCAUGGCAGAUAGUGCUGUAAAGAUGGCAAAAGAUGGAUGCAAAUUCAUAACGGUCUUGGGUGUAGAUUUUAUGUCAGAAAAUGUACGGGCAAUCCUUGAUCAAGCUGGCUUUGAAGAGGUUGGUGUUUAUAGGAUGUCAAAAGAGCGCAUUGGUUGUUCUUUGGCAGAUGCUGCAUCUAGCCCUGCUUACAUGAAUUAUCUUGAAGCAGCUUCUGGGUCUCCACAUUCUUUGCAUGUUGUCUACAUAAAUACUUCACUUGAGACAAAAGCUUAUGCUCAUGAGCUUGUGCCUACAAUCACAUGUACUUCUUCUAACGUUGUGCAGACUAUCCUGCAGGCUUUUGCUCAAAUUCCAGAUUUAAACGUAUGGUAUGGGCCUGAUUCAUACAUGGGUGACAAUCUUGCAAAAUUGAUUCAACAAAUGACAUUGAUGACAGAUGAUGAAAUUGCUGAAGUACAUCCAGCACAUAAUAGAGACACCAUAAGAGCAUUGUUAUCUCGCUUGCAUUAUUAUCAGGAUGGAACAUGUAUUGUUCAUCAUCUUUUUGGAUAUGAAGUUGUGGAUAGGAUAAAUGAGAUAUAUUGUGAUGCUUUCCUAACUGCUCACCUGGAGGUCCCUGGAGAAAUGUUUUCUUUGGCAAUGGAAGCAAAGAGGAGAGGAAUGGGGGUAGUAGGUUCCACCCAAAACAUAUUAGAUUUUAUAAAGCUGAGAGUUCAAGAGGCACUAGAUAGAAAUGUCAACGAUCAACUCCAAUUUGUGUUAGGAACAGAAUCAGGAAUGAUCACUUCAAUUGUUGCAGCAGUUCAGCAUUUGCUAGGUUCUGCAAAGUCUUGUGGGGGAGCCAAAAUUAAUGUUGAAAUUGUCUUUCCAGUCUCAUCAGACUCGAUAACAAGAACAUCACCAAAUUCAUCUACUGGUCUAAAAUCUGUAAAUGCAGGGGACUUUGUGUUACCUGUUGUACCCGGAGUUGCUAGUGGGGAGGGAUGUUCUAUUCAUGGUGGCUGUGCUUCCUGUCCCUACAUGAAGAUGAACUCUCUUAAUUCCCUUAUAAAAGUUUGCCAGCGCCUGCCUGAUGAGAAAAAUGCCAUUGUAGCAUACAAGGCUGAGCGAUUUAAACUGCAAACUCCCAGCGGAAAAUCAGUUGCCGAUGUUGGAUGUCAACCAAUACUGCACAUGAGACACUUUCAGACUACAAAAGAAUUACCGGAGAAACUUGUUAAUGAGGUUCUUCACCUCAACAGCAACGGGAGGCCAAUAUUGUAAGGCUGAAAAGGUCUGCCUCCUCUCAGAAGUUGAUGAGAUGCUAAUUUAUAGAGAAGCCAGACAUGAAAGGGGUUCUAAAUGUGAGAGAUUUCCCCUAUAAUAGAAGAUUUUUCACGUCAGCAUGUAUUUGAAGAUUUAGUUUUAGACACUAUGUUUUCUCCUUGUCAACAGUGUGGUUUAGAUUUUAUUUUCUCUUGUUUUUAAGAGUGGUGUUAGAUUUACAGGAAACGAAGGAUUCAUGAUAUGAUAUUAACCACUUUAUAGUAAGAUUAUCAUGGUAACAGCAUAUGUUCCUUGUUGGCUAAGCUAAGUGAACUCCUACAUUGCUCAUCUUAACAAAACUUUGAUUGGUUGCUAAGACUGAAGCUAAUGAGAUCAUCAUUUUUCGUUUUUUA